AUGUCUCAAUCUACACGCAUAUUUCCAAGUCCCCUCUCUGCCCCAGCUGAGAUUAUGCCGGCAACACCAGUGCGCCGCACAACUCUCUCACCUUCACCAGAUCUGAGUGGCCCUAUUAAAGCAUCAUCAUCUCAAUCAGACAAAAAGUUUCUAUCUCCAACGCUAUUCCCCCCUUCCGACAUGACUCCUCCUCCUACUACUCAAAUCCCUGGCGCCCCUCUUCGCCAGUCUCUCUCUCGUUCAAUUAGCCCAUCACUUGCCGCACCAGCGGGCCUAACAAAUGCCCUCCGUGAGGCUUACGGGGUAUCCGAGAACCUCCCUACAAAUGAAGACAUUGACAAUGCCAAUGAGACCCAACUUAGGAUCAUCGCAAAAGACCUUCUCGCCAUGGCACAAGAAGAUCGCAUGUCCGCGUUACAUUUCAAGCUGCAAAACAGUCUAGUUUCAUUCGCCAGUAAAGAGGCUGUCAAGCGCGCCCAGGUUGAGCGUCAGCUUGCCAAGAGCGAGGUCGAAAUCCUUCAGAGAAUUGGGUCCCUCGAUCCUUCGCGCCCGAUUCCAGCUCAUUCGCCCGUCUCCACUGACGACUACGUUGCCUCUCUCCAAAGGGCAGGAGAGUUGGAAGGCGCAAACGCUCUCCUGGAUCGGCGCCUGCGUCAUGCCAAGCGACUUAUAGAUGAUGUUACUACCCGCUCCGUCGACUUGGCUGAGCAAAACGUCAUGCUGAAGAAGCGCAUUGAGGACAACCGCAUCCACUUUAAUCAGAUUUACAACUAUGGCUCCUUGUCCCCCAACAUGCAGAACGAAUAUCGCUCUCUCUGCCGUGGAGAGCCCACCGACGGCCUGGCGGCUCUUCUGUUCGCGGACAAGUUCACCAACCGUCUCCAUAAGCCCCACGAUUCCUUUGAUAGCCGUGGCUCAGUUCCAGUGACCCCUAAACAAACCCGCUCGGUUCGUCAAGAACAUCCAUACAUGACCCCAGCUCAGGUCUCGCACGAACAACAAUAUGACAGUGACAGCACUGUAUCUUUGUCGGCUCGCAAUUCUGAAGAUGAAGCCAUUCAGAGCCGCCCGUCUAUACGGUCUGGUCCACCGCGGACUAGCACCUUGCUCCAGUCUAAGCUUUUUGGCCACGUAAUGAAACCCGGUGUAGAGCGGAAUCAUUCAACCAAGCGCAAGGCAAGCUUUGGCGAGAGUAGUACACCAAAGAAGAAUAAGACGAAUGGACCAGUCGGCCUAGGCAUCGAAGCUUGA